AUGGAAAUAAGUAUGUGCAUUGUGGUCCACCAUGGUGGAAGAUGGGUGCAUAAACCAGAUUUGGUAUAUGAAGGGGGUGAGGUGAAGAUUAUAAAUGAUUUACCAUCUGAUCUAGAUGUUAAUUAUCUUAGGUCCCUGAUCAACUCUCUAGGACAUAAGAAUGUGAUAAAGUUACACUAUUGUGAUCCAUUUAAGGAACUAAAGCUUGGUCUUAGAUUCUUGGACUAUGAUAGUACAACUUUUGGCAUGUUCUUAAGUUUAUUAGAGAAGUGUAGGAUGAUUGAUCUUUUCACAGAGCAUGAGGAUCUUCCCACUGAAGUUAUAAAUGUUGAUGAAAGUGACAAACAUAAUAGAGAGUUAAUUGAUUUGGAUGAAAAUGAUGUAGUUUGGAAUGCUUAUGUGGAAACUUGUCAUGUGUUGAAAGAUGUUGAUGAAAAUGAUCCAAAUAUGAGUCAAUCACUUAGCUUAGGGUCUGUUGAAUCAAAUGAUAUAGACUAUGAUGAUCAAGGAACUGACAAUGAGGAUGGUGAAGUGAUAGACGCAAGAGACACAUAUUUUAGCAAAAAUGAUGCAAAGAAGGUAGGGGCUAGGUGCAAAUCACAGAAGUGUCCUUUUUAUGUUUGGUGCUCACUUGAAAGGGGAAAAGGACACCUAGUUGUUAAGACCCUGGUUCCCACACACAAUUGUGGAAGAUUAGCCACUGUGAAGAAAAUUAGGGCAGCUUGGAUUGCUAAAACCUACCAACAGAAUUUCAAAAUUAACCCUUACAUGAAAUGUCAGGAGAUAGUAGAUACAUUGUGGGCUGAAAGAGGAAUUAAAGCUUCAUUGUGGCUUGCUCUUAAGGCCAGAAGAAAGGCACAAGCACUUAUACUAGGUGAGUAUGAGGAGCAGUAUGGUCUACUACAUAGAUAUGCACAAGAGUUGCUAAAGUCAAACAGAAAUAACACAAUAAAGUUUAAACUGAUCCACGGUGUGUUUGAAAGAUUGUAUGUGUGUUUUGAUGCACUUAAAAGAGGGUUUAUUGCUGGUUGCAGACCAUUCUUUGGUAUUGAUGGUUGUUUUUUGAAAGGUCCAUUUGGUGGGCAAUUACUUGUAGCUGUUGGAAGGGAUGGGAACAACCAAAUGUUCCCAAUUGCUUGGGCAUGUGUUGAGGUGGAGUCCACAGACAGUUGGGGAUGGUUUUUACAGCUUUUGGCAGAUGAUUUAGGGACAAGUGAUGGUCAUGGUUACACAAUCAUGUCUGACCAACAAAAAGGUUUGUUAAAUGUUGUGUCCCAAAUAUGGCCAAAAGCAGACACAAGGUGCUGUGCAAGACAUGCUUACUGCAAUUUCAGGCAAGUCUUUGGUGGUGGCUUAGAAUAUAAAAGAGGGUUUUGGAAGAUUGCUAAAAGUACAACAGAUCUGACUUCAAUAGACACAUGGAGCUUUUUGGUGAUAUAUCAAAGGCUGCUGCAGUAG